AGAAACACGUGAAACCAUCAUGGCGCCGUCCGGGGACAGCAACGUGAAAGAACAUAACAACCAGGUUUCAUAUAAGAAAGCUAUAAAUACUAAAACAGAUCUUAUACUUCAAAACAGAAAACAUGCCAACGAUAUAUUCGACGUUAUUGAAUAUUUGCAGUCCGAAAAGGAAAAAGAAAUCAUUUUCGCCACCAACGCGUGCAGUAAGAUCUUCUGUGAGCUGAUAGAGAGAGGAGAUCUGUUUGUUGGUGAACUGCCCAAAGAAGAAGAUCUCGCGCAAGGUGAUCGCAGUGCUGAAGAGAAAUAUCAUAUAUUUAUGAGACACCGUUACAACAGCUGUGUGGAACUAAUGCUGGAAAAUAUAAGCCAUGAAUCUUUCCAAGUCAAGGAGACAUCGCUCUGUGCAGUGAUGAAAUUUGUUGCGACAGAAGGCAAACACCCCCUCCAGAAUCUGGACUGGAGUGAACACUACAACUUUCCCAGGGAGCUCAUACAGGCCCUGGUGGAGCAUCUUCUGUCAGAGAAAGAAGACAUGUCACUGCUCAUCUCCAGGUUUCAGGAGUUCAUGGAGAAGGAUGACGUGCGCUACUACGUCAUGAGUUCAGUGCGAUACAGCACAGCCACUGUCAUGGAGAGAAACAAAAAGGCUGUGAUUCCUGUAUUUCAGAAUAAUGUGUUCAAUCUCCUCACAACCAUCAACAUUCCCAACCAAGCAUCAGAAAUGACUAAUUUCCUUGUUCAACAGCAAAGCAAACAUGACGACUGGAAAGCAGCCAAAUUAAAGGAGCAUAAAAGAGCAUUUGAGCAAAUGUGGCUGCUGUUUCUCAAGUACAAGUUGCCUGGCAGCAUGUACAAGAAGAUCCUGGUCAUCCUUCAUGAAUCAAUACUGCCACAGAUGAGUGAUCCCAAGCUGAUGAUGGACUUCCUGAGCGCUGCCUACGACAUUGGUGGAGCAAUCAGUUUGUUGGCUCUGAAUGGCUUGUUCGUCCUCAUCCAUGAGCAUAAUUUGGAUUACCCAGAUUUUUAUAAGAAGCUCUACAAUCUGCUGGAUCCUUCUAUCUUCCAUGUCAAGUACAGAGCACGGUUUUUCCACCUGGCAAAUAUUUUCCUGUCUUCAACGCAUCUGCCAGUGUAUCUUGUGGCAGCGUUUGUGAAGCGUCUUGCUCGUCUGUCUCUCACAGCGCCACCUACAGCUCUUCUUAUUCUGCUGCCGUUCAUCUGUAAUCUAAUUCGCAGACACCCCUCGUGUAGAGUCCUCAUUCACAGACCCAGUGCUGCUGACGAGCCUUGUGAUGACCCGUAUGUGAUGGAGGAGGAAGAUCCAGCUCAAUGUCAUGCUCUGGAAAGCAGCCUAUGGGAGAUCAAGACCUUGCAGAAUCAUUACCAUCCAGAUGUGUCCAAAGCCGCCACGAUGAUCAAUGAACCACUUUCUGCACAAGAGGAGGACAUCAGUGAACUGCUGGAGCUAACAACGUUUGAGCUAAUGGAGCGAGAACUGAAGGGUGAAAAGAAGACUGUUCCGCUGGAGUUUGACAUGGCCACGGAUCUCCUAAAGAGCUCCAGAGAGGUGCUCGGAGUACACUUUACUCUAGAGUAACACCCCUAUUUACUCUCUCAUAUAGUCCUGUUUUUUUGCCAAAUGUUUUCUUUUAUAAUAAAGUAUGUGUGUGUCCACUCUAA